GAUGCAUCUGACUUGGUCAGGGGUCUGACUUCUACUGAUCUUGAUCAAAAUGUGGAUGGCAGCCUACUCAAGCAAAUCAGGGAUUUCAUUGAUUCAUCUUUUGAUCAGUGUGUCAUUCGGCAUUGUCCGAGAAAUUACAACAAAGUGGCAAAUUGCCUUGCAAUGUAUGGGGCGAGUGAGGUUAGCUCUGGUUCAGCUGUGUUCAUGAGCCAAUUCCCCUAUUUUGUUGCCAACUUGGUCCUGGGUGAUCAGGUUGGAUUUGUUGUUUAUUGGAAACUAGCUUUCCGAGUCUAAAAAAAAAAGUUCGCCAUUGCUUGCUCAUCUCCAAAAAAAAAAAAGUUUGCCAUUGCUCUCCACGCCGCAGUCGUUUCGCCACCCCGACGACCACCGUCCGCCGCGGCCGCAUUGGAGGGGUGGAAUAGACACCCGAUGGAGUGCAUCAAGUCGGUCCAGCGCGCGGCGCUGGCGGCGCUCCCGGCGGACGGCGCGCCAUACCUGGCGGUGGGCACGGUGGCGGGCGCCGUGGACGCGGACUUCUCUUCCGCCUGGAUUUCCGCUCCGACGCCGCCGACCUCCCGCUCCUCGCCUCCGCGCCCGCCCCCGACCGCUUCUACCGCCUCUGCUGGUCCAGGCCGCUCGCGCCUGAGGGGACGGCCUCGGCCUCGGCCUCGGCCUCCUCGCCGGGGGGCUCGGGGACGGCACCGUCGCGCUCUGGAACCCGCGUGCCAUGAUCAGGCAACUGCCGCCGCCGCUCACCGGAAAUCCCAGUGAGUUCCUGCUCUGUUACGUACGGCGGCUGUGCCUGAUAUGUUGGUUUGUAUCUGUAUGGUGGUGUCUGCAGCUCGUCGGAGGGGGAAGGAGCAGACAACGCGAUGGUUGCUUGCCUUGAGAAGCACAAGGGGCCGGUGCGCGGGCUGGACUUCAGCGAGUUCAGGCCGCACAUGCUCGCCACUGGUGCUGAUGACGGGGAGGUGAUCGUCUGGGAUCUGAAGAACCCUGCUAUGCCUGCCGGGUGUUGCCAGCUCAAGGUGCACAAAGCAUUCGCACCCACACCGCCACACGGCCACACCUCACCAACACUGGCUGGAUGGCGCAAAGUGAAAUAUCUUACAUAUCCUGGAAUCCACAACAUUCUCACAUUUGAGCAUCCACUUCUUAUAAUGGGAUCACAGCUGUGUGGGACGUGGAUAAUAAGAGGCCAGUGAUUAACUUGUCUGAUUCUCAUCGAAGGAGAUGUUCUAUUUUCCAAUGGAAUCCGGACAUGCCAAGCCAACUAAUUGUUGCAGCUGAGGAAGGAAAUUCUCCUAUGAGCCUUUGGGAUCUGAGGAGAGCUAUCUCACCAAUAAGAGAGUUUGCAGGACAUACAGAAGGUGUGAUUGGUAUGUCCUGGUGCCCCUAUGAUAGUUCUUUCUUGAUUUCUUGUUCAAAAGAUAACAGAACAAUUUGCUGGGAUACUGUUACUGGAGAGAUUGUCACGGAGAUACCUACGAAUUCCAAUGGAACCUUUGACCUUCAUUGGUACAGGAAAAUUCCAGGAGUUGUAGCUGCAUCUUCAUAUGAUGGGAAACUUGGCAUAUAUAACUUAGGGUUUCGCGGGAGGUAUGCCGGAGGCAGAGAUGCUGGAAGUGGGUUAGUCAGCGGGAGAUCCCGUCUUCGAACAUCGACUUGCAUUCUGUACAUUGCGCCCGUAACCUCCAAAAGUGCCAGCACUGCGGAGAAAUGGUUCCGAGGAAGCUUAUGGAUGAACAUUACGAUGAAAAUCAUGCCCCGAAUGCUCGGGAUUAGAAUCAAUGCUAUGGUCAAGUACGACACUGGUUCAUUUUUCUUAUUACCAUGAUAAUGUGGUAGCUUCUUUUUUAUACCUGGGAACUGUAUAGUUCAUUUUCUUACGUGCUUCGUUAAUCAAAGUGAAACACUGUUGAUAUGUAGUGACUAGAGGAGUAAGGUGCAUUUUAUUCCCAGGAUAUAGAACAUCUGGCUUGGUUUUGCAUAGUGCAUUUCCUUAAACAUACCAUCUUCUUACAUACAGAUGAAUUGCACCCAUUGCAAAGAAACAAUAGAGCGUGAAAGUUGGGGUCUUCAUAAAAGUGAAAAGUGCCCACAGAGAAUGGUUGCCUGUGAAUAUUGCGAGUUUGAACUGCCUGCAGUUGAUAUGGG